AUGUUGCUCAGGAAGAAGCUGUGGGCAACAGCAGCUCUAUGCCUGGUGUUUCUCCUAUGGAAGACUUUCCAGGGCAGGUGUACAGGACACUUUGCCUCGUUGUGUACUUUUGUGGAGUCAUCGGGGCCUGUCUCCCUCUUCAAGGCCAAGCUUUGUAGCUGUGCCAGCUGUGUUGCAGAUCUCAACAGUUCGGCCUGGUUUAAUGAACACUAUGAUGCAGCUAUCAAUCCUGUGCUGACUGUGCAAACCCAAGAGAUCUCCCCAGAUGUUCUGCAGUGGUGGCUGAAGCUGCAGGGCUCCCAGAGCAGAACCCAGCUCCAGGGAAUAAUCAGGCACAUGUUUGACAUUCUCCCAUCCCCAGUCACUGGUGUGUGGGACACAGCCGGGUGCAGGACAUGUGCGGUGGUGGGAAAUUCUGGGAAGCUGAAGGGCUCCAGCCAUGGUACAGAGAUUGAUUCGCACGACUGGGUUCUGAGAAUGAACAGAGCACAGACUGUGGGGUUUGAGAAGGACGUUGGUACAAGAACAACACACCACUUCAUGUAUCCAGAGAGUGCUAUGAACCUUCAGCAUGGGGUGCACCUGGUGCUGGUUCCUUUCAAGCUGCAAGACCUGAAAUGGGUGACCAGUGCCUUUUCCACAGGGGAGCUCACAUUCACAUACACAAAAGUCAAACAGUUUAUUAAAGCUGACAGAAGCAAGGUGCUAAUACUGAACCCUGCUUUUCUCAAAUACAUCCAUGACAAUUGGACACAACACCAUGGGAAGUAUCCAUCCACUGGUUUGACAGCUUUGCUCUUCGCCUUGCACAUUUGUGAUCAGGUCUCAGUGUUUGGAUUUGGUGCAGACAGCAACGGGAAAUGGCACCAUUACUGGGAGGAGAACCGCUUCUCUGGGGCAUUCCGCAGGACUGGAGUUCAUGAUGCUGACUUUGAGCUCAGCCUCAUCAAGAAACUGGUUGCUGAAGGCCAAAUCUCAUUGUACAACUAGUGAAGGAACAACUCCAAUGCCUCUGUCCUGGCUGCCCUCUACAAUUCCCACUGGCUAAGCAGCAUUCCUUUCCCUAUAGUGCUCAUCAGUUCUAGUGCUGGAAAGAUCUCUCUUCUGUGUAGAUGGCUCACAUUGCUGUUAAUGAUUGGUACAGGGAUAAGAGUUGAGCCCUCAAAAACCCAUGACAAAUUUGCUUCCCAAUGGAUUGCACAGGAAUAGCAUUUUUGGGACUAGAAACUAUUUAAAUACAUCAUGUAGCACAUGCAAUUGUCAGGUUCCCUAUACACGUAACAGAAUAACAUGCAGGCAGACAGGCUGGCAGCCCCAUCCAUAGUUAGUUGUCUGAUGCUUCCCAUUUUAAGGCCCUCUUUCAGGCCUUAAAAUCUUCCACUGUUUGGUUGGAAACUUGCCUCAUGCUAUGUGUGCGUGCACACGUGCAUGCACGCACACACACACAUGCACACACACUCUCUCUCUCUUCAGCAAAAUGCUUUGGCCAUUUCUCAGAAUGAAGUUUGUGGCCAACAUUAAAAGCCAGCCUUCUACCUGAUUAAUUGAGCAUUGCUACUAAUUUGGAGAAGGGCUUUAUGGAUUGCCUUAGAGCCAGGGAUGUGCCAUUUUUCACAACAACUAACCCAAGUUUCAAUAGUUUAUGAGACUUUGAAAAGCCCUAGUUUGCACACAUUUAAUAGUCCUGCUAAAGAUUGGCUGAGAAAUUCUGGGAAGCUUCCUGGUUGCAGGGGCUGAGUAAGACAUGCCCUAUAACUCAGGGGCGGGCAAAAUACAGCCUGCUUGCUGGAUCUGGCCUACCAAGUGAUUUCAUUUGGCCUGCGGGUGGGCCCACACUGAGCCCUGCAGUGUGCUGCGCUCCCACCCUUGUAUGCAGGAAGGCCCUGGCCCUGGCCGUGGCCAGCACGCACAGCUUCUGGGUGGGACUGCUGCUACUACUGCUGCAGAUGCCUGGGGAACUAUCACGUCUCAGCCUCUUGUUGGUUCAGAUCAAGCGUACUCCUGUGCUUGCCUGGCAGGGGGAAAUACCAUGGUCACCAUGGUGGCUUUCUAGUUGCACCUGGGGAAGACCACUCUGCUGGCAUGGGAUAGUACCUGCAUAGGUAACGCAUAAUUAACCUUGACUUUAUGACCACUUUAUGGAAAUGGGAGACUCCUCCCUAGCUUGCUCCUGAGGACUAAUGGCUAAGGGCAAACUCAGGAGCAUCUGAUUCCCAAGCCUCCGGGUUUGGGCCUGCAAAUAGGAUGACCACCAAAGGAUUUGGGAAUAUCUGAAGCCCCAGGUGGGGUAGAGGAUGUUGGCUGGUAGUAGAGCCACUUAUGGUUCUGGACUGACUCAUGAAUGUGGAAUCUAAUUUGGCUUGGU